AUCGGGCGCGAUGACACCGGGCACCGCGGGCAGAGGCGGGGGCUUGAAGCGAGCGUGGAGUUGAAAGAAGAAACGGAAGCCUUGAUAUAGUCAUACUGCUUUACUUACUUUUGCGAGCAUCGGCUUCAACAGACAUCUCAGCUUUGCCGAGUCACGCGACCAAGCUGCCAAACGUGCGCUAUGGCAAACGACGACAUUAGGCAUGAGCUGCAGGAGUUUAAGCUGCAGGUCGCGGAGCAGCAGCGGGCGCAGGAGCAGCGCUGGGGGCAAGAGAUGGCCGCCCUCAAGCGCGCGCUGUACGUAAUCACCAAGGAGGACGUCGCCCAACUGCUGCGCCUGGCCCUUUCAGUCAUCGGCUACGGACAGCGCUCCUCCAGCCCAGCGCACGAAAAGCUAGCUUAGCUGCUCCUCCCCUGCUUCGCAGUGGCGGACGUGUACGCUGUGGCCACCACCUUCCUGGCGGCGUACUUGAAGACGACGCUGCCCGGAAAGGACACAGUGAGCCUGGUAAAGCAAUCCAUUAUGACCUGCUGGCUUGCCGUACAGCAGCAUUCCCCAUUGAAUCCAAUCAACGGGCAGCAGCGCUGCUCCUGCGUCCGCAGCUCUCCGCUGCUGCUCCGCGACCUGCAGGUUAAAACACCUGCAGCUCAUGCUUAUUGUCGUCGUUUGCCAUAGCGCACGUUUGGCAGCUUGGUCGCGUGACUCGGCAAGGCUUCCGUGAUCACUUUGCACGGCUACUAAAUGAUGGGGCAGGAACAGUUGACGACAGCGCUGCAAAGCAAUUACUGGCGUACUGCUGUGACGAAGAUGGCUGGCAAGAUUCGAUGUAUGAUGAUGAGGAAUGGGCUGAGUUAGAUAGCAUAUUGAACAGCGAUAUCUCGAUAGACGAAGUGACUCAUGCUUUAGAGAGGCUACCGAAUGGCAAGGCCCCAGGCAUGGAAGCCGCGCCAUCGGAAUGCUACAAGUACGCGAAGACGCAGGGAGACCCUGCCGUGCAGAAGGAUAGCCUAGCUCACGAUGCACUAAUUGAUGUAGUACAAGACGCGUUAGUACACCCAGAGGGAGAUGGGUGGUGUGCACGUCUUUUCCGUUUUAUCUCAGCGCAUGGCGUAGACGUAUGGCAAGGCCGUAUGCACAUGAUCAGGCCUGCACAUGAUCAGGCCGGAAAGGGAGGAGAGCCGAGCAGGUAGCCCGCUGCCUGAAGGGCAAAUAGUAUCCGCCUUUCGAGAGAGUCUAAUGAAGGCGUGGAAGCACGAGCGGCUGCAGUCUGAGCCAAGCACUUUCCCAUCAGACAACAAGCAACCAGGCGUGCAGAUGAGCAAGUACAAGCAUUGGAUGGGGCUGUGUGCGGAAGGAGCGGCACCACUGACCAUGCAAGGGCACAGUAGAGCAUUUAUACCAGUUGCACACCACAAGGCCUUGAUGAGGUUCCGCCUAUGCUGCUGGCCGCUUACUGCCAACCGCGCCUAUGGACGACCUAGGGAGGAGAUUUGCCCGUUAUGUGUUGCAAAUGAAGUCGAAGAUGAGAAUCAUGUGCUCAUGCGGUGUACGGCCUACGACCAGUUGCGUUCGGGUAGCGAGAUCGAUUUUACAGGCGGGAUGCAGCAGGCCGUUAUGCAGAAUGCGGACCCAGCCAGGUUAGCCGCGUCCAUUUGGGAGCACAGGAGCAGAAGCACCCCCAUUCGGGGACCAAACUAGCUGCAUAUAUAAGUGUUGCAGGCGUUUUAAGGGCCCCCCGGCCCGGGCCUCGGUUUCUACAAGGACAGGAAUGCACGUCGUGCUCACCACCUUGUAACCACACACAACAACUCGGCAAGGCACACGCACACGCACCUGAAUGUAUCCGAGUGUAGCGGAAGAUCACGUGAGAGGCCUGUGUGUGUUUCAAAAAACUAUGUG